AUAUCAAAGGCUGCAUUGUGCAUUGAGCAAGCCUCGGUCCCUCGUGUGCCAGGGAGGAGGCGGGAGGAGGGACACCGUUGGGAGGCUGUCCCUUGCAGCACUUUUCUGGCUGGUGUUCCCAAGGGCCUCGGCCAGGGUAGGAUGGUACACACAUGGGUGGCUGCUUCUGCAUCCCCGGGGAGCGGAGUCUGACCUGGGGCCCAGGUAAAGAAACUCCUUCCAAGGACCCAACUGUUUCGAGUGAGUGUGUAGCCUCAUCUGAAUACAAGGAAAAAUGUUUUCUGCCACAGAACAUGAAUCCAGACCUGACACUCUCCUUCUGUGUAAAGAGCCGCUCGAGGAGGUGUGUAAAUGGACCCCUGCAGGAAGCUGCUCGGAGGCAGCUCUGGGCGUUGGAGAAUGAGGACCAGGAGGUGCGCAUGUUGUUUAAGGACCUCUCAGCAAGGUUGGUCAGCAUCCAGUCUCAGAGGGCCCAGUUUCUCAUCACCUUCAAAACAAUGGAGGAAAUCUGGAAGUUCUCCACCUACCUUAAUUUAGGCUAUGUAUCCAUGUGUCUGGAACAUCUCCUCUUUGACCACAAGUACUGGCUCAACUGCAUAUUGGUGGAGGAUACAGAGAUCCAAGUGUCUGUAGAUGAUAAACACCUGGAAACAAUAUACCUGGGACUCCUCAUACAGGAAGGCCACUUCUUCUGUAGAGCCCUGCGCUCUGUGACUCCACCAGCCGAGAAGGAAGGGGAGUGGUUGACACUUUGCAAGAAUGAGUUAAUCUCAGUGAAGAUGGCAGAAGCAGGGUCCGAGUGGGAAGGCGUGUCCUUGGUGACAGGUCAGCGGGGCCUGGUACUGGUGUCAGCCUUGGAGCCUCUGCCUCUCCCUUUCCACCAAUGGUUCCUAAAGAAUUAUCCAGGAAGCUGCAGCCUUUCCAGGAACAGGGAUUGGACAGGCUCCUAUCAGAUUGGCAGAGGACGCUGUAAGGCCUUGAAGGAUUAUGAGCCAGAAGAAAAGGAUGAGCUGAGUUUCUACCAGGGAGAAAGCAUUGAGAUCGUUGGCUUUGUCAUACCUGGGCUUCAGUGGUUCAUUGGAAAGUUGACGAGUUCAGGGCAAGUGGGCUUUGUCCCCACCAGAAACAUAGAUCCUGAUUCUUAUUCCCCAAUGAGCAGGAACUCUGCCUUUCUCAGUGAUGAGGAGAGAUGCUCCCUGUUGGCCCUGGGAAGUGAUAAGCAGGCUGAGUGUUCCAGCUUCCUCCACACUCUUGCUCACACUGACAUCACAUCUGUCUACCGGCUCAGUGGGUUUGAAUCUAUCCGGAAUCCUCCAAAUGAUCUGAGUGCGUCCCAGCUCAAAGGCUUCAAGGAGGCCAGGCCUGGCAAAGCCUGGGAGGACCGUCAGGCCGUGGGUUUCCAACAGUCCAGCAGCUCUGAGGACUCCAGCCUGGAGGAGGAGCUCCUCUCGGCAGCCUCAGAUAGCUAUCAACUGCCAGAGCCUGAUGACCUUGAUGACCCGGAACUGCUCAUGGACCUAAGCACUGGUCAGGAAGAGGAAGCUGAGAACUUCGCCCCCAUAUUGGCUUUUCUGGAUCAUGAAGGUUACGCUGACCACUUUAAGAGUCUCUAUGACUUCUCCUUCUCUUUCCUCACUUCUUCCUUUUAUAGCUUCUCUGAGGAGGAUGAGUUUGUGGCCUACCUGGAGGCAUCAAGAAAGUGGGCCAAAAAGAGCCACAGGACCUGGGCCCAUGCCCGGCUCUGCUUCCUUCUGGGCCGGGUGAGCAUCAGGAAGGUCAAACUCUCUCAGGCCAGGGUAUACUUUGAAGAGGCUAUCCACAUUCUCAAUGGGGCAUUUGAGGACCUAUCCUUGGUGGCCACUCUGUACAUCAAUUUGGCUGCCAUCUACCUGAAGCAGAGGCUGAGACAUAAAGGCUCCACCCUGUUGGAAAAGGCAGGUGCCCUGCUGGCCUGCCUGCCUGACCGUGAGUCUAGUGCCAAGAAUGAACUUGACGUGGUGGCCUACGUGCUGCGCCAGGGGAUUGUGGUGGGCAGUAGCCCGCUGGAGGCCAGGGCCUGCUUUCUGGCCAUACGCUUGCUCCUGAGCCUAGGCCGGCAUGAGGAAGUCCUGCCCUUUGCUGAGCGCCUGCAGCUCCUCUCUGGACACCCUCCUGCCUCUGAGGCUGUGACUAGUGUUUUGAGUUUUCUGUAUGACAAGAAAUAUCUUCCACACCUUGUAGUGGCCUCUGUCCAGCAACAUGGUAUCCAGAGUGUCCAAGGGAUGUCUCUUCCUAUUUGGCAGGCCCACCUGGUCCUCCAGAACACAACCAAGCUCCUUGGCGUUCCCUCCCCAGGCUGGGGUGAAGUUUCCACCUUGGCCUGCCCCAUGCUCAGACAGGCCCUGGCUGCCUGUGAGGAACUAGCAGACCGGAGCACCCAGAGGGCCCUGUGUCUCAUCCUGUCAAAAGUGUACCUCCAGCACAGGUCUCCUGAUGGUGCCAUCCACUACCUGAGCCAGGCAUUGGUGCUAGGGCAGCUGCUGGGUGAGCAGGAAUCCUUUGAGUCUUCCCUCUGCCUGGCAUGGGCCUAUCUCUUAGCCAGCCAGGCCAAGAAGGCUUUGGACGUGCUUGAGCCACUGCUACACUCCCUGAAAGAGACAGAGAGUGCCACUCAAAAGGGAGUUGUCCAUAACCUCCUGGGACUUGCACUCCAAGGUGAAGGCCGGGUGAACAGGGCAGCCAAGAGCUAUCUUCGGGCCUUGAACAGAGCUCAGGAGGUGGGAGACGUGCGUAACCAGGCAGUGGCUAUGGCCAAUCUUGGCCACCUGAGCCUGAAGUGCUGGGCUCAGCAUCCAGCCAGAAACUAUCUCCUGCAGGCUGUACGACUCUAUUGUGAACUCCAAGGCAGCAAGGAGACGGACAUGGAAUUAGUACAGGUGUUUCUCUGGUUGGCUGAAGUUCUGGUGUCUGGACGCCAGCUGAUGCAUGGCCUCCUUUGCUAUGAAGUGGCAUUGCUGUUUGGCUUAAGGCAUCGACACCUAAAGAGUCAGCUUCAGGUCACCAAGUCCCUCUGCCAUUUCUACAGCUCCGUGUCCCCAAAUCCUGAAGCAUGCAUCACCUACCAUGAGCAUUGGCUGGCCCUGGCUCAGCAACUCAGGGACCGGGAAAUGGAAGGGAGGCUGCUGGAGUCUCUGGGGCAGCUCUAUCGGAACCUAAACACUGCAAGGUCACUCAGGAGGUCCCUCACGUGCAUCAAGGAGAGCCUGCGUAUCUUCAUUGACCUGGGGGAGAGAGACAAGGCUGCUGAGGCCUGGCUUGGGGCGGGGCGACUCCACUACCUCAUGCAGGAAGACGAGCUGGUGGAGCUGUACCUGCAGGCAGCCAUCCAGACAGCCCUGAAGUCAGAGGAGUCUUUGCUGGCUCUCAAACUUUAUGAAGAAGCAGGUGAUGUGUUCUUCAAUGGGACCCGCCACAGACAUCACGCAGUGGAGUACUACCGAGCUGGAGCUAUUCCUUUAGCAAGGAGGAUGAAGGCAGUGAGAACUGAGCUCCGGAUUUUCAACAAGCUGACAGAGCUGCAGAUCAGCCUUGAAGGCUAUGAGAAGGCUUUGGAAUUUGCCACCCUUGCUGCCAGGCUCAGCACAGUCACAGGAGAUCGGAGGCAGGAGCUGGUGGCCUUUCACCGCCUGGCUACAGUGUACUACUCCCUACACAUGUAUGAGAUGGCUGAGGACUGCUAUCUGAAGACCCUGUCCCUCUGUCCACCCUGGCUGCAGAGUCCCAAGGAGGCUUUGUACUACGCCAAGGUGUAUUAUCGCCUGGGCCAACUCACCUUCUGCCAGCUGAAGGAUGCCCACGAUGCCACUGAGUACUUCCUGCUGGCCCUGGCAGCAGCGGUCCUGCUGGGUGACAAGGAGCUUCAGGACACCAUUAGGAACAGGCUGGACAACAUCUGCCAGAGCCCCAUGUGGCACAGCAGCCCAUCUGGGCGCUCCUCAGAGAGGGCGCGGUGGCUGAGUGGUGGUGGCCUGGCCCUCUGAGGAAAGCUGUCCUGUCUCUGGACAUUUGGCAGGUCAGACUCUGCCCCCUGCCCUAGACUCUUAGAUACUCAUUGGGAGGAUCCAAGUCUCUACUUGGCCCAGCCCCCUCAUUUUACAAUGAGAAUGAUGUCUAGAGGCAGAGGGGCUCAUUGCAGGCCACAGAAAGAUUUGAUGGGGCAGCGAUGAGAAUUCCUGGCUCCAGGCUUUGCAUCUGGAGUCUUUACCAGUUGAUUGUUGCCUUCCACACAAACAGCCUCUGAAAGGCACUUUCUCCACAUGUAAUUCUGGAGAAGAUGAGGAAUCUUGCCCUCUGGGAACCUUCCUUCCUCCCCCAGUGAGGAAAUCAGUCACUGCACAGGUGCAAAGGCAAGCAGAUUGGAGUUUGUGUUCUUCAUCGAUUUUCUCAGGGAAAGACCUCCUCCCCUUGCCAGUGAAGGAACCUGUAGUUUCUCCCAUUUCUUUCUUCAGAACCAAAGUAGGUAUCACUCCUCGUGCUCACAAGGAUUGGCAGAAGAGAAUUCAGCAGGCUCUAAGCUCGAAAGGCACAGCCUCAGAAUGGCCUAAUGAAUUGCAUGAAACCUGACCUGGAUUCACCAUCUUCCUCCUGCCAUAGGGCUGUGCUCCCACAGAUAACCUCCCUGAAACUCCAGGGAAGCUUUUCAAGAGCCAAGGCUUGGAAAUUGAGUGUUAAGAAAAUUAUGACACACAUUGCAUAUAAAUAGUGUAUAUGAUUAAAUAUUGCCAGUUACAUUUACACACACAUUUUGUCUCAUCCACAAUGGGGACAGAUGAGAUGGAGGACUUGAAGGAUGGGUGAGAAUACCAAGGCCUGUCAUUUUUGGUUUUUUUUGGACAGCGUCUUGUUCUGUUGCCCGGGCUGGAAUUCAGUGGUACAGUCAGGGCUCACUGCAACCUCAGACUUCAGAGCUCAAGCCAUCCUCCUGUGUCAACCUCUUGAGUAGCUGGAAUUACAGGCACAUGCCGCCAUGCCCAGCUACAAGGCAUCUUAUUGAUCUCAGGGCAGCUCCUUUACAAAGCACCUCUAUUAAUGACCUAUCACUGCAGAGCACAAUGAGUGGCCUGAAACAAAGCUUAUAAUCUCACGGUUUCUGUAGGGCAGGAAUCCAAGCAUGACUUAGCUGAGCCCUCUGGCUUAGGGUAGCUUACAGGCUGCUCAACUUCAACUAGAGAAGGAUCGGCUUCCAAGCUCACCCACACAGUUAUUGUUAGGAGUCAGUUUUUUGCUAGCUAUCGGCCAGAGGCUUCCCGCCACCACUUGCCAUGUGGGACUCUACACGGGGCAGUCAUGACAUGGUACCAUGCUUCACCAGAGGGACCAAACAGGAGGAGCAAGAACCAGAGUGAGCAGGAGAGAAGGAAGUCACUGUCUUUCCAUAACCUAAUCACAGAAGUGACAUCUCCUUAGUCUUGCCUAUUCACUUCAUAAUAAGUGAGUCACUAGGUCCAACUCCCACAAGAGGAGGGGUGUUUACCAACAGCUUGAAUACCAGAUGGUGAGGAAUCAUUGGGGAUCAUUUCCCAAGCGACCUACCACAGUAUCUGAGUUAUUUGAUAAUGAAAUCAGGAAUUCUCUAAGACAGUGAACUGAAAUUACGGUCCAUUAGCCAGCAGCAUGAGGAUUACCUGUGAGGUUGUUUGAAAUGGAAAUUCUGGGGCCCCACUUAUGGUCUCUGAAUCAGAAUUUCUGGAUGCCAGAACCCUGACUCGUGCAAGCUCUCCUGGUGAUUUUAAUGCACACAAAAGUAUGGGAAGAACUGCUGCAGGACAAGAGCCCUCUGAUAGUGUGCAGAACGGUUACCUGGUGAACUUGCUGAACAUGAACUUCCUGGUUCUACCUCUAAUAAUUCUGAUUCAGUAGAUCUGGGAUAUAACCCAGGAACAUGGGUUUUUAGCAAGCAACUCAAGCAAACCUGAUGCAGGUGGUUCAAACUUGCUCCUUGUGUGAACAAACAAGGAGACCAGCCAUAAUUCCCUCCAUCUGAUGCCCAUCAGCUUAGCUUUUAUUGUCAGACCAUCUGCCCUUAAUUUCCAGCUUCUUGGACUGACCAGAUGGUUGGUUGUAUCACAGGGUGAGAUGGGAGCGUUGAGUUAAGCUGCCAUUGCAUCUUCUAGUCACCAAGGUUGUCUAUGCAUCGGCACAUAUUUUCUCUUAGAGACAUAGUUGGUUGUCAAAAGGCUGUCUACUCCAGAAAAUAUUCUUCUCCAGGAAGGAAAUGAAAUUAUCGAAUCCACGACCAUGUAGAAUAAAUGCGGUUCUGCCCCCACCACAAGCUGUAAAAGCCCCAAGCUGGGAGGGAUGUUGUGGUUGAGGCUAUUCGGUCUAAUCUCCCGUAAAGAGCCCUUUCAACAACAUUCCUGGGAGACAGUCAGGGGCACAUGCAUUCCGGAACAGUUACACAUCAUAUAUUUAAAGAAGGCUCAUGCAGCCCUGGAACCCAUACCACUGGCCAUUCCCCAUCUGACUCAGGUUACACACCCCUUCCCUUUUCCCAAUGACUAUUUACUCUCCUCUGGCCAGGUUUGUUUCUGUUUCUCUGAAAGAGCAGUUCCCAUAACUGCACCAGGCUUCUGACAUUGGCUGAUGGGUGAAGAGCACAGAGGGAUGUUACUAUCCUUAAUAUGAUCCUUCCUCUCCCCAGCAGCCACAUCUGUCCUUGGUUUCUACUGGGCUUUAUAAUCAACUGAAACUUCUGUGUCUUCUGACUUGAACUUCUGUUUGGACAGAUCUUUCUCAAUUGCCGCAAAGAUACAUACGCAUUUUCAUAUGCAAACAAACACACAUAUGUGAAAGGCAUUGCUUCUAUCCAUUUUACAUUUUAUUGGACAUUUUAGCUAAAAUGUUCUGAUUCUGUGCACUUUGAUAUUCCUGUAAAUCUGAUGAAUUCACCUGUAACCAGGGUAGUUAUAAAAAUGUUUAGCAUGUUUCCAAAGAAAAGGGUAAGAGUAUUUUUUUUAAAUGAGAAAAACAUUGUGCUAUAUAAUUGCAAUUACUAUGUUCUAUAUGUAAAUCACUUGCUAAAACUCUUUUAAAAAGUGUUUAACAUUUUCAUUUAAAAAUGUGGGCCAACUAUUCCCUUUGGAAACAUGUGGAUGCUAUUUUUUUUUCAUGAUCCACGGAGAGUAAAGUGGUGAUUGGAUCUGGGCUCUACUUAAACAUUUUUAGAAAAUAAGUGUAUCAUAGCCAAAGAUGAUCUAGUUGCCCUCUUUAUUCUAAUUGUCCCUUCAAAACUUAUGUGGGCUGGUGGCUGCUGGCUCCUUACAUCUAAUCUAAAUAAAGAACAAGGAGGGCAUUGCAACAUUGUGGAAAACCCUGUACCAUGUUUUCUCAGCUUUCAGGUAUACUCAUUCCUUGGCCAACAGUAUUAACAUUCUGAAAUCCAAUACUGCUUUUGUUCUUUUCUUAUUUGCUUUUCCAUUAUAUUAAGAUGCCUUUAUAUUGUACCUCUGUAUAUAUAGGUAUGUGUGUGUGGUCAUUUGCUUCCUCUUUGCCAAUAUAAUGCAGUUCAUUUGGCAGCAGUUUAUUUGAGGAAGGAAAUAUGCAGGAAUGGACAGUGUUAGGAUGGGGAAUGGGGGAGCCUAUCACUAGAGGGAAGCUGGGUUUUGGUCUUGAUUUUGACAUUAAAUUGCAGUGUGACCUUGGGCAAGUCACUUAACCUCUACACGCCUCAGAUAUUUGUCUUCUGAUAUAAGAACCUCAGCUUUGGGUUUCUUUUCAGCAAUGUUAUUUUUAUACUGUAUGAACAGGAUGAGAAACAGUAUUGGAGAGAUGAAAUAAUAUAUUUUUAUAGCCCAAUUUUAUUCUCUUCUUUUUACAGGUGAGUAAACUGAGGAGCAGAAGGGUAACUUUCUCCCAGACACGUUGGUAGUUAGUGUCACAGACAGCAGUACUUGGUGUUGGGCGGGGAGGGAGGCUGUGGUUUCAUGACUCAAGGACUUAGUUGCACAAAUGACAGGAUUUCUGCUGUUUGGGGAUACCAUCACAGUUGUAUGUAUAUAUGUAUGUGUGUGUGUAUGUAUGCAUGCAUUUAUCACAAUAUGUACCAUUCAAAGAGCCAUUUGCAAAAUGUUUCUUAAAUUGACUUACUUCUUUUACUCAUAUGAACAUUUUUAUAAAGGAUGACUAGCCUAUAUAGAAGAAAAACUUACAUUGUUUUCCACAAACAGAAUUCCAUAAAUAACAGCAAAAACAAUGAAAACAAAACAAUGCAUUAACUUCAAGUUAGGUCCUGUUGUUCAUUGCAAGCACCCAGCCUAGGCCUUAUCUGGCAUUGUCUGAAAACAGAUUAAUAAGUGGCAGAGGGUAUAGACGACAGACUAUCACCAACCUCUUUUUCCUUGUGCGCUCAGAGAAAUGGAGUAAGCAGGGAAGAGGACUGAGCUUUUUUCCAUGAGCAUCAGUGCCAUUCAGUGCCAGUUUGGGCACACACCUUGGGCAUUGGGGACGCAGCUGGGUCACAAGAAAGGGGCAAAUGAUUUAUCACGUAAUAUGAUUCAGUAUCAGAAGCACUGUGAUUGAAGUUAAUUACAGGAUGUUAUGGGCACUGAGGGGAGGGGAUUUUACCAGGCAGGGUUACGGGCAUCAGGAAGGGCUUUCUGGAGGACAUGCCGUUCAGACUGAGUUCUGAAAGGGAGAUCUACUUAAUUCUAACUGCAGACCAGCAGACUGGUAUUGACAGACAGUGCAUGUGUCAAACAAAGGUCCGGAGGGUAGGCAGGGUGUGAUGAUUUCUGAGAACAGCAGUAAGUUCAGUGAGGCUGGAGCAGAUUCAGCGAAGCAAAGAGGGUUUGAAUUCUACCUGGAGGUUGAGGGGAAGCUAUAGAAGGGUUAUAAGCAGUUGAAAGAAACAUAGGCAGAUUUGUACUUUCGAAAGAUGAUUCUGGAAGCAGCAUGAGACUAGAUUAGGGCAGCAGUGGGGAAGGUGGAAAACCCAUUCGGAAUUGGCUAUUCCAACAAAACACUUCAGCCUUGAUUCAGAUAUCACGAGUUUUCCCCAUGAAUGUUCUCCUUCUGAUCCCACCUUGCAUUUAGUUGCCAUAUUUCCCUAGGCAUCUCUGCUCUGUGACAGUUUCUGCCUUUCCUUGUUUUUCAUGAUCUUGACAAUUUUUGUCUCUUUUCCCCUUGUUAAUUGCUCCCAUUGUGAUGUGUGGACAAGGGGCAAAGAAGGAAGAAAUUCAGGGGAAUGUGCUCUGCACUCACUCAGGUGGCGGCUCAGGUGGGGGCAAUGGAAUGUGUUUUGGAGUUGGGCAUACUUGGGUUAGAAACUGUUUCUUACUAGCUGUGUGACCUUGUGACCUUCCACAAAUUAAUUAACUUCCCUGAGCCCAGUGCUGUCAGAAUUAUAUCAGACUUCUUUAUGUCAAAGACAAGGAAAUGGCUAAAGCAAAUCCAUCUUUGGAGGUAUGUAAACCUUGAUAUUGAGAAGUGCAGCCAAACCUAGAGGUGUGGCCGGGCACCCUGGUCCUGCAUUCAGGGACACUCCUCUUCUUUAUCACUGAGUGACCUGAGCAACUUACUUUAUCUCUUUAAGCUUCGAUUAUUCCUCUGCUCAGAGUUUUGAGAUGAGAUGUAUGGAUGGCUUGCUGUGAAUACUCAAUUGGUGGUAGCUGUCACAUUGAAGCAGAAUUGAGUAGAUUCUUAGUAAGCACGUCUAUUCCUGGGUCCCAUGUUGUAAGUGGGAGGGUGUGUAUGUUAGGGCUGCUCUUUGCUACUGGGCCUUUCACUUGGCAGUCUUCCCUCUUGGGUAGGACAGCAUGUAUUUCCUGAUGUGUACCCCCUCACUCUCCGAAUUCUAUUUGAUUAUUCCAGAACUCAGGGGACUGGAAGAUGAUGGCUGCUGGAAGUGCUGGCUUUAGGAAUGUGUACUUCAUUCACCUUCCUCUAAGAGACGUCUUUUCCCCAGAGAAGUAGAGAAAAGUGGCUGCUUAGAGGGUGGGGAUUCUGCCCAGCUGCCAUGGUGCAGGAUCAGAUAUAACAGGUGUGGUCGGGACUGCGCAAUGGGGUUGUUUGGCUUGGCUUCCCAGUAGAGGCUCUGGGAGGCAGGUGGGAGGGAAAGAUGCUGUGCUUUCAAAACGAUUGUAAGGGUGAGAACCGAGCUGCCACUUCUAGUGCUGCCUUUGACUCCUUCUCCAGGGCAUCACACAAGCUUGAGGGAUGAGGCUCGUUGAGGUGAGCUUCCAGACAGGAUAGAUGAAAGGAUGGUUGAGGUCACAUGGAUAAUGAGAAGACAGGCUAAUUGAUUGCUGUUCUUUUCUGUGAGAAAUCCAAGAGUUCCAGUAGGGGGCAGUGAUGUCUUUCCUAAAUAGUGUUAUCAUUGCUAAAGAAUGUAUUUAAUAUUAAUAGUUUUGAAUCAGACUAGAGCAGUGGCUUUCGAAUCCUUUUUUGUUGUUAUGGUGUUGUUGUGGCCCACAGUAAGAAAUGAAUUUUCUGUUGUAUCCUCGUGUGCAUAGGUUUGUGCAUAUGCAACAACAUAGAGGAAGGCACUCUUAUACAUUCUGUUCUGUUCUAUUCUAUUCAUUUAAAAAUAUUUAUUCUAGUUAAAAAAGUCUCAUUUAUGACUCACCAGAUGAAUUUCUCAUUCAUUAACCUGUAGUUUGAAAAGUGCUGACCUGGAGGGAGGUCUCUAAAAAAGUGCAGUAGAGCUCUAGCCUUUGUUCUUUUCUAUGUAUUAUUUGAUGAAUAUCUUACUUCUUUUUGAGACCAGAGAAUGUGUACAUCUCAAAAUAAAAAUAAUAGUUGAGGCUGAA